AUGGCUGGUCCAGACCCCAAACGCAUGUACAUUGCGAUCAAUUCGCAGAACCUUGACGCCCUCAAGCCAGAAAAACCAUAUUGGAGCAAGCCAUUCGUUUUUGUGAAUCCAUCCGGGACAGGCACGAAGUACACUUCCCUCCAGGCGGCGAUGAUACUUCAGAAGAUGAAGGUCGUUGACUUUCUGCUGGAUCAGCCAUCAAUCGACUUGACCGUGAAGAGCACUGAUGGGAAAAACACCAUCAUCGUUGCUGUUGAAGCAAAAAUGGGCGUCGGGACGCUGGAAAAAAUCCUCCGGAAACUCGACUUACGAUCUCUUGCUGAAGUGGAUCCAUCGGGCAAAGGGCCAAUAGACUAUGCAGAACAGGGAACAGACGUUUAUGAGUUUCUUCACUCGAUGGGCUGCAAGACCCGACAUGAGAAAGAGGUUGCAAUGGCAGGGUUCUUCGGAGAGAGUGUAAAGGGCACUGUUCCAGGUGUCAGCGAGCACCAACGGAGGCGUAAGGUAGGAAACUCGCCGAGAAAGAAGGCGGAGAAAAAUUCUAGCAGUAUUGGAACCACCCAUUCGUCGUCUGAAGAGGAGCUGAAGAGUUCGGAAGUCUCCGAAGCUGCCUGUAGUAGCGAAGAACAAGAUGCGCUGUGGAGGCACUUCGAUGACAUUGAUGAACUGGAACAGGCGCUGAGAGCGUACAUAGACGAGUGGGGGCAAGAUCAUGAUGACGGUAAAAGCUGCGCUCAUUGGCUGCGGAGUGUCGCUCGUGCGAGGGAAACCGGAAAGACUGAAAAGCUCCUGAAGAAGUGGAACGCCACUAUUCAAGGACUGAACACGAGCAUGGGGGAUGAAGCCGAAGAUACAACCAAAGACAGUGGGAAGAAGAAUGCCAAGAAAAAGACCCCGAGGGGUAGGUCAACUGAAAGAGUUUCCCCGAGAGAGCGUGACGGUGGGGGCUCGGCGCAUUCGCGAGGACAGCUGGCAGGCUCCACGACGGUAGAUCCGGAAGUCGUCAAACUGUUCUUUUCGGGCAAAGCUGGAGACCAGGUGAACUUGAGGAACACAGGAAAGCACACACAUCGUCUCACUUUCGUCGUGGAAAACAGGUCAGGCAUAAUGUGCAAGGUGGAUAGACGCAAUUUGCUUGCGCAACAGGUCCGCUGGACUUCUUGCAACAUCGAGCCUGCAAGAACAAAUCCAAAAGGAUUCCGUUUGAAACAGGUAGUGUCAGGCGGAGAGGAUGCGUUAGAUGUAAGCAUCCUGGGUCUUGUGGCUUCUGCCACUGAAAGUGCCGGGGAAUGA